AUGAGUGCAACCACGUUGGAAGCUAUUAAAUAUACUCCUGGAAAGCUCGACAUUUUGAAUCAACUUCUUUUACCCCAUGAGACUGUGUUUGAACCGGUAUUCUCGGUGCAAGACGGUCAUGCCGCUAUCAAGACCAUGAAAACAAGAGGCGCUCCGGCUAUUGCUAUUGUCGCCGCUUUGUCUUUAGCGGUGGAUGUUACUGCCCGUCAUGCCAAGUCGGAAUUCGCUACGGUGGAGUCCGUUUCCAACUUUUUGCUCGCUUCGUUGGAGUACCUGAAAUCGUCCCGACCUACGGCCGUCAAUCUGUUCGAUGCCGCUGCCAAACUUCGAAUCGUCGUAGAAACUUCAGUCAAAGAAGCAUCAUCUGCUUCUACUGUGGUCGAUGCUUACGUUGCUGCCGCUGAACAAAUGCUCGUCGACGAUUUGCAGGACAACAAGAACAUUGGCAAGCAUGGAGCCGAUUUUAUCGUCAAAAAUGUCAAGAACCCCGAAGCGAUCUCGGUCAUGACUCACUGCAACACUGGUACAUUGGCCACUGCUGGCUGGGGUACCGCUCUCGGUAUCAUCCGUGAUUUGCAUCUCACUGGUCAUUUGAAGCACGCUUAUUGUACCGAAACCCGACCUUACAAUCAGGGAUCACGCUUGACAGCUUACGAACUCGUGUACGAAAAUAUACCCGCCACUCUCAUCUGCGAUUCGAUGGCUUCAGCUUUAUUGAACCGAAACCCCGAGGUGCAGGCCAUCAUUGUGGGUGCAGAUCGAGUUGCAGCCAAUGGUGACACGGCCAAUAAGAUUGGUACUUACCAGCUCGCCAUCACUGCCAAAUAUCACGGCAUUCUUUUCAUCGUGGCGGCACCUUCCACCUCCAUCGAUUUAUCUACCGCCACUGGCAAAGAUAUCGUGAUCGAAGAACGUCCGGCUGCUGAACUUGUCACUACCACCGGUGUCAUGUCUGUUGACGGACAGUUGAAACCUGCCACUGUUCAAACCGCGGCCCAGAAUAUCGGCGUGUGGAAUCCUAGCUUUGACGUGACUCCCAGCCAUUUGAUCUCAGCCAUUGUCACCGAAAAGGGUGUGGUUGUCAAGCAAGAUACAGCCGAUCAAUUCGAUAUGGCCAGCUUCCUCCAACAAUAG